GCACAAACACCCAGGCCUGAUCAUCGAAAUCGCUUCCUAUGAGACUCUUAAUCCCGUUCGUGAGAGACUGCAUUAUGCCACGACCGAGAAAGCGAGUCAAGGUCGCGGCGACCAAUGCCGAACCAGCCGAAUCAAUCAAUCAAUCCUACUCCCAUUGAGGAGCAUAUAAACAAUGUCAGUGCAGUCAAUGAAGUUCAAGCAGACGCUGUGAGUAAUGCCAGUAGUGCACCGAUCUUUGACGAUAUUGAAGCUGUUGACCCGGCACUUUUUGAUGAGGAAGAGGCUCCAGAUGACUUAAUUAGUCGCACAGCUGGACCAGGAGCCAAAAGUAAGGCAGUCCACAGCAUGAGCAGUGGAGGCUUCAAUGCACUUAAAUUGUACGAUGGCCAAAUAUACUCUGGCAUGGCGAUCGGUGGCUCUCACACCUGGAACUACGAUCAAGAAGAUGGCGGAGAGAAGAGGAAGAGGGAUGGCGACAGAUGAGCAAGACGUGCACGAUAUGGUAGUCUCCGAUGCCGCAUCCAGAGGUGAUGAUAUAUCUGCAGGCCAAGACACAAC